UAUAGCAUUCUCUCUUGCUUGUACCUCCAUUUGAGUGCGAGCAAAGACGUGGGUUUACAACUUAAUGAGAAUUUGAAGCAGAGAACGUUAAAACACAAUCAGCUGCAGUCAGACCGGGCACUUCUAAUUGAAUCGUGGACGAAUGAGGUUCGGAUCUGGAAAGCCCAAAAUAAUCGCUUUUUUACUGGCCAAUUGAGAUACGGGAACUUUUACGAGAGAUAUGGCUGAAUCAGUGGAUGGCACGGAGACUGUUGACCAGAUUCGCGAUGGCCUCAUGGACGACUGGAAUAUCCUUGAGAACGUUUUCCACCUUCUCCAGAAAGCGGACACCUUCUGCGUAGAUCCCCAGAAAUGGGGAAAGCAGAAGAUAGUCCCCUUUUUGCAGCCAGACAAACUGAAGGAACUGAUUAAUCUGAAGAUCCGGGAGACGGAAGACUGCUCGCUCGCUGAGAUCGAAGAGAUAUGCCAGCAGGUGAUCCAUUACUCUGUGAAAACCUCGCACGGGCGCUUCCACAAUCAGCUCUUUGGGCAGUUGGACCCAUUUGGAUUGGCAGGAGCCCUGAUCACCGAGGCCAUGAACGGCAGCUCAUACACCUACGAAGUUGCACCCGUGUUUAGCUUGAUUGAAACUGAAGUCAUCUCGACCAUCUGCAAGUUGGCAGGAUACAAGGAAGGCGAUGGCAUCUUUGCGCCCGGAGGCUCCACCUCCAACAUGUACGGAAUGGUUCUGGCCCGCUAUAAGAUCGCUCCUGGGGUGAAAACAUCUGGAAUGUUUGGGAUGCGACCAUUGGUGCUGUUUACCUCCGACGAAUCGCACUAUAGCUUCGUGAAGGCGGCCAACUGGCUGGGAUUGGGCAGCGACAACUGUGUGUCGGUGAGGACCAACGAGCGGGGGCAGAUGCUGCUGGACGAUCUGGAGACGAAGAUCGCAGAGGCAAAGGCCCGUGGUGGACAACCGUUCUUUGUCAACUGUACUGCAGGCACCACUGUACUGGGUGCUUUUGAUGAUAUCAAUGGUGCAGCGGAUGUGACGGAACGACAUGGUCUGUGGCUUCACGUGGACGCCUGUCUGGGAGGGGCUUCACUGCUCUCCACCCAGAACCGAUCGCUAAUUGCCGGCAUCGAGCGGGCAAACUCUUUUUCGUGGAACCCGCACAAAACCAUCGGUGCUCCUCUGCAGUGUUCGCUGUUUGUAACCAGGGAAUCAGACCGUCUGCUGGAAAGGUGCAACAGCACGGAUGCGCACUACUUGUUCCAGCAGGAUAAGUUUUAUGAUGUCUCCUACGAUACGGGAAACAAGAGUGUCCAGUGCGGCCGGAAGAUCGACGCCUUCAAGUUCUGGCUAAUGCUUAAAGCUCGCGGAUAUGGGAAGUAUGGACUCAUGGUGGACCACGCCAUCCAAAUCGCCAGAUUGCUGGAAAGCAAGCUGCGUCAGCGGGGAGAUCGCUUCAGAUUGGUGCUCCAGGAGCACGAGUACUCCAAUGUCUGCUUUUGGUUCAUUCCGAAAUCAAUGAGGGUGUCCAGCCAGGAGGAAACCCCUGAGUGGUGGAAUCUACUUUAUACUGUGGCCCCGAAAAUUAAGGAGCAAAUGGCCCACAGUGGCACGUUGAUGAUUGGUUACUCUCCUCUUAAAGCAAAAAAUCUGGGUAACUUCUUCCGCAUGGUCUUCACUUGUUUCCCCAUCUUGAAAAGCGAAGAGUUGGACUUCAUUUUAGAUGAAAUAGAGAGAUUGGGAGAGAACAUUAUCCUUUGAUAGGGUAUUUUAAUAUUUCUAUGUGAAGUAAACUAAUUAAUGGAUAUUGAUGUAUUACAA